GCAACAGUGUUAUAUAUCCCUUAAAACUCUUUUUCCGAGUCAUCUGACUCUGCAGUGCAGUGCACACGCUCAGAUGAAUUUGGCCAGACACCCACUCAACCCCCCACUACAGUCCGUCCUCUCCAUCCUGUACAUGUAUAAGCAGGGGGCUCUUAGAGUGCUCACUGUAGUGUGUGAUGAAAGGAUCUGUCUGCUGAAAGCUCCUUUGAGUGUUGUAUGAUUAUUUUGUUGGCUGUGUUUAUUUCUCAGCUGGCCUUUUUUAUUUCUCGCUUUUCUUUUUUAUUUAUUGGGUCUAGGAAGAAAAUAAGUUGCACCUUCUCCUGUUUUAAUCUCUAGUGUUGAUAGAAUGUGUUUAUAAAUCAAGCGCAAUGGAACCUGGGGAUGAAUGGAGAUUGAUGCACGACAGUGGUGAUGCACUGUGUGUGUGUGUGUGUAAAAGAUAGAGAGAUUUUGUGCAUGCACUGUACAUCCAGGUCAGUGACUAACCUGUCUCUGUUGCUGUGGAAACGGCCAGUGUCUGGGGGAGAUGUGCGUUCAGUGUCAUGUCUCGCUGGGACAGGCAUGAAGCCUUUGUGCUGAGAGAAAUGAGACAGACAGACAGAGAGGGUGUGUGUGAGUGUGUGUGUCUGUGUGUGUGUGUGUGCACAUGCACACUCUCGCCACUCAUACGUGGCUCGACAGGCACUGGUCACAUACUCAACAGGCAGUCAUAAACAGACAGAUUUUUCUGUGUCCGCAGGACGAGGUGACACUGAAAAGUGCACUGUUGUAUUUUGAUGCUCAUAAUUCCCAGUCCACUCAGACCACAUCUAAACAAACUGAUGCAGCUGAUGUAGGCUUUAGGAGCUGUGUUUGGCACCAGUAGAUGUACUGUAGUGUGGCAGUACAGUUCCAUACGGUUCUUCUGUUCCACACUGGGGUUCUCCAUCUGCUCCAACAGAGACCAACGAGAGAUACAGUAGCUAGGGUAUCAGUAUUUUAGAAUUUAGAAUCAUCCAGUCCAACUAAUCCCAGGAAACGUAAUUAGGUAUUGCAUUUCAGCUUUGGACAAAAUUAAGAAUAAUUGUUUCAAUGCAAAUAGCUACUACAGCACUAGAAUAACAUACUGGCUGUGUGGUAAUGGGGUAAAAAGAAUGAGUUUAGUUUUUAGUUGUAGAAAUAAUAAAACAGAUGAAAAAUGUUAACAAGCCAUUGUUGGGGAUAAGAAUGCGCAGAUGCAAUGCCUUAGAGGGGGCUGCUCCAAAAUCUACAGUAGACCGUGUCCAGUAAAGGCCCUGUCUUCUUCUGUGCAAGGGUCAUCCAAGAAUUAUUGGUUUAAGUUGAAGAUGAAAAGAACAACCGCAAAGCUGAGCAAUUCCCAACAGCAUUAAGGGGCACAGCCAUGGCACACCAUAAUGAAAUCUUCAAAUCAAUUCUGAGGGCCAAUUAUGUGAGCCAGCGAAAGACAGCCAGGACGUCAAAUGUGCAGCCGUUGUUGUAGUACGCAGCAUGCAGAGGCUGUCGUAUGCAGCUGCUGCACUCUCUGACAGCCCAAUCUGGACCUGUGCUGUCCUGUGCCUUUUCCAGUGAUGGACAGCUGGUUGCAUCCGGAUCUGUGGAUAAAACGCUGGCCGUGUACGAUGCCAUUCGGGGAGUGCUGCUUCACACGUUGAACCAGCACGAAAGGUACGUGACCUCCUGUGCGUUCUCGCCUUCGCUCCCCUACCUCGCCUCGGGCUCCAUGGACAAGACGGUGAUCGUGUGGCGGCUGGGGGACGGCGACGAGAGCGGACGGCACGACGCUGAAGCCGCAGCUGCUGUUUGUCCAGGAAGGAAGCGUGCGGCCAUGGGUCACUCCAGGCUGCUGGUGAGAGACUGGACUGAGGAGCACGUGGGUGCCUGGCUGGCCGAGGAGGGAAUGGACGAGCUGGUCAGCGCCUUCAAGAGCCACAACAUCGACGGCCCCGAGCUCCUGAGCCUCACCAAAGACACCCUGGCCAAAGAGCUGCACAUCGGUUCGCUGGGGCUCCGUGGGAAGGUUCUGCGUAAGAUUGAGGAGCUGAGGCCGUCGCUGGAUGGUUCGGCGGCUCCAGACGAGUUCCUGUGUCCCAUUACCCAAGAGGUCCUUAAGGACCCUGUCAUCGCCGCAGAUGGCUUCUCCUACGAGCGUGAGGCUAUCGAGAGAUGGAUCGGCACCAAGAACCGCACCAGCCCCAUGACCAACCUGCCCCUGCCCACCACCAUGCUUACGCCAAACCGGAUGCUGAAGAUGGCCAUUAACCGCUGGAGGGCCUCCCAGUGAUGGAGAAAGAAUCCUUCUGAUGAUCCUGAACCUGAUGAAGCAGUAAUCCACUAGUUCAAGUGACGGAAGAAAAACAACAUGACUGCUCUUGACUGACGCAAUUGCAAAAUAUGCUGUUGUGCAAUGAUCGUCAUUUCCAGAUGAGGUUGUUUUUGGCUCUAUUCUAUUCAUUUUAAACUGAACAGAAUGUGUCAUCAAGAAGAUGCAUGGUACUUACAGUAAAACCCUGUUGCUUGGUCACAUGGGGUGAGGAAACAACAUUACAAUGAUGAUAACCCACUGGGUUGGAGAAUGAAAGAACUAUAAUUAUAUAAUCAUAAAAUGCUUUUAAGGCCCAUUUCCCAGAGACACGUAGAUCUAAAAUGUACAGUUAUGCACUUUUUAAAGAUGUAUUUUGAAUGUGAACCAAUCAAAUGAACAAGCUGUAGUUUUACCACUAACUACGUACAACUGACAUCAUCUGACCCUACACCCGCCAUGUACCUCAAUUGGCUUUGCAUCAUUGUAGCUGGGGCUGUAAAUGGCAAUGAAUGAAUAAACGGCAAUAAAUAAAGAUUAGAUUUUAAA